UGAAGAUAACAUGGCUUCCUAUAAAAUCUUUCUCCUCACAAUCGCCUACGUCCUUACAAUAGUACUAUGUGCACCCUCAGAACAGUUAGAUAAAGAUGACCUCAUAGCGGAAGACAAAGAAGACCUCCAGACAGCUGCUUCCCAUUGGGGAGGAUUCGGACACUACGGAGGGUAUGGAGGGUACGGAGGAUAUUAUCCCGGAGGAUACGGAGGGUACUGGGGGUAUCCGACUUACGGGUACGGGUAUGGAUAUGGGUGGCCGUAUGGCGGAUAUUAUGGGCACCAUGGGUAUUGGUGGUAGACUGUGACUAGUGUAUCGAAAGUUUCCAAAGAUAAAAGCUAUGAAGUAUACGUAAUUUAGAAGUUAAGU